UUCAUGUGAUGUUGCCUUUAUAUUUGGUGGAAAUAAGGCACAUUAGAAGACAGCUGACUUAUGCUGCCCUCAGAAUGGGACAGCUGCCUCCCGAACAGAACGCAGCACAUACUAAAACGUUCAAUCAAUCAACCUUUAUUUUCACUCAGAAAUACCUUUAGAGUGACUCUCAUUUUCAAUGCAGCCAAGCAUUUACAGCAUUAAAGGGAUUGAAAAAGAAAUUAAAACGAAAUUUAAUUAGAUUAUAGUAAAAUGAACAAAACUAAAACAAAUUAACAGAAAAACCAGACAAGAUAAAUGCCAAAAGAAUUAAGAGAACAAUUAAGAUUUGACUAAGAAGGAGAAAUGUAAAAUAGAACCAACACAAUACACCAAUUAAUCAAUUAAGAUUUCAACAUAAAAGGAUAAAUAGGCAAAUUAAAAUUCAAAACAAGUAAAAGGACUUUCUCCUUUUUAUUUAAUUUAUUAUUAAUUCAUUAUUUUUUAUUAUUUCUAUUUUCUUCCCAAUAAGUUUAUUUUUCUUUUAUUUUGUUUCAUUUCAUCUCAUUUUAUUUUAAUUCGAUUAUUGUUUUCAUUUAUUUAUUUUUAUUUCCUUUUAUAAACAAAAAUGUUACAGGCCAAAACUCUCUCACCUUUAACAGCAACUUCAUACGAAACACCUGUCUGUCUUUUGGUGUCUCUAAAGUCAUGUUACAUUCCCUCCACUCCAGUGUUUGUUGGCUGAGUUGGAAAGUUUAUGUUCUGCAUAAAGUCCUAUACUAUCCAUCAUCUACUAAAGAAAAUAUGGUACUGAUCUAAAGAUGUUUUUACUUCAACUCCUCCCACAGGUAUAAAAUUCUGGUGCAGUGCUGCCCCCUAGUGGCUGUACUUGGAUGAGUUUUUAUUCUGGAGAAAUGCUCUAAAAAUUUUAUUGUCACAUUUUGUCUAAUUGCACACUUGUAAAGUUAGCUAUAGGUUAAAGACCUUCUGGAAGGCUAUGUAUAUAUCAAUUAGAAAACCCUUAACAUUAGUUACCUUUACCUUUCACCUAACUACCCUAACAAAGCCAAGCCAGUUUCACUUUUGUACGCCUAUCUCAAGUGUGAAGAAGUGGAGAAAAAACAGUAAAACUGAAACUUCCCUCCUCUUCAGUAGAGUCGGUACAUUCCACCUGCUUUGGGUGAGAUUUCCACAGUUCAUCAAUACAGUUAUACGCAGCAAUGUGUUCCAUUAGUAUAAAACAUUUUUAACUUCACACUAGCAGUAGGAUUACACAAAUACCCAAAACACACAGUUCGUGGGCUGUGCAAGCAUAGAAGAUAUACCUGCAUACUGCCAUGACUGCUCGGCAUUAUUACAUAAAAGCCUAUUUAUGAAAGGCAGCAUAAAUGGCGGAGGUCAAACGAUAUUGAAAAUGAAUUUAAGUGCAUUAUCCUGUUUUGGUGCACUUCCCCUUUAACAUCACCUUGUGUCAUAAAAAGAAACAAAGACCGAUACCCGAGUAAAAAAAAGAAGACAGACUAGUUUCAUUUCUCCUUUUUCCCCUCCGGCUCAUUCUAGCCUCCCUGAGUCGUAUGACUGAAAGCGCAUGUUGCUCUGCUGUGAAUAAUAUAAGGUUCCCCUACGUUUGUCUUAUGAAUAAGGUCACUUAUUCCAAGAAUUUGAGUCAUUCUAACAUGGUUUUCACUGAAAUGCCCUCAGAAGCUCCCUCACGGUCAAGUCUUCAUGAUCUAAAUCUGAGUCAGUGAAGCAGAAAUCAAGACUGCAUUCUGUGCCGCUGCUCAGGGCCCCUUGAGCCACCAAGGGCCCCACGGUGUUCUGGCCGGUGUACGUUUAUAUUAAUCGAUGGAGGAGCAGGCAGGCAGACACAUGCGCCUGAGGGAAUGGCUCAUAGCGCAGAUUGACAGCGGCCAGUACGCUGGUCUCAGCUGGGAGAACCAGGAGAAAACCAUGUUCAAAAUCCCGUGGAAGCACGCAGCGAAACAGGACUACAGGCAGAACGAGGACGCAGCGCUGUUCAGGGCCUGGGCUGUGUAUAAGGGAAAGUAUCGGGAGGGCCGGGACAAAGCGGACCCCUCUGCGUGGAAAACGCGCCUGCGCUGCGCCCUCAACAAGAGCACAGACUUCCAGGAGGUUCCAGAACGCAGCCAGCUGGACAUCUCAGAGCCGUAUAAAGUUUACCGCAUCCUGGAGGAUUCAGAGAAACCCACAGACCUCCUUGCGGGUUCAGUGAAGGUGCAGAUGAGCCAGAUGUGCAGAGCGCUGAGGGAGCCUAACUCAGUUCAGUUCUCAUUGCAGGAUGGUAUAAAAACUGAAUCAGGAAACAAUGGAGUGUCAAUGGAGGUUUGUGCAGAGAGAUGUGUAGAAGGGAGAUUGGAUCUGCACUGCAGUAACAGCGCUGCUGCCUGUGAAAACUCUGCUGCCGUCUAUUUCUCUUUGUUGCCACCCCAGGGCUCCAUCUCAGACUUCAGACUACAGGUGUGCUUGUUUUACCAUGGCCGACUGGUGCAGGAACUCAUCAGCACUUCUCCUGAAGGCUGUUUUAUCCUGCAGGGGUCUGCCCCGGUGGGCAGCGAGAGGAUUUAUGGGCCUUGUGCGGCUCAGAAGGUUUUCUUCCCACAGCUGGACGUCAUAUCCUUUGCCCCGGGCAUCGGAGAGGCCAUGAGCCGCCUCCUACCUCACCUGGAGAAAGGUGUGCUGGUGUGGGUGGCUCCAGAUGGGGUUUUUAUCAAGCGUUUCUGCCAGGGCAGGGUGUACUGGGACGGGCCUUUGGCUGAACACAGAGAAAAACCCAACAAGCUGGAGAGAGAGCGAACUUGCAAGUUAAUGGACAUGCAGAUCUUCCUGCAAGAGUUAUAUCGGUAUGUGCACGGUGGAGGACCGAGGCCACGCUACAAAAUCGAUCUGUGCUUCGGAGAGGAGUUUCCUGACGCCAGUCAGCCAAAGAGCAGAAAACUCAUAACAGCACAGGUGGUGCCCUUAUUUGCUAAAGAGUUUCUUCUCCGUCAUUCGGCCACUCAGCAUCAGUCUGUGGACAGAAGAACAGACGCAGAAACCCAAAACGUCCAGAACAUAAAUCCAUCUGUGAUGGAGGCCAGGAGACCGUCGGAGCUGCAGAAGUGAGUUCUGUUCUCCAGAGCGGCUACAAUAAACACACCAGCUUCAAGAAACAGAUCAAAAACUGUACUUCUGUUUGCUUUUGUACUCUAAAGCAUCCUGAAAAAAGCUAUACAGCUGCAGAACUAACUGUGAUCAUUUUAGAGGAACGCUUCAGUCAGAAAUGCUAACGUUGCUAAAAAUGAAUGAAAGCAAAUAGCCAGCGGUUAGCAUAGUGAAUAACACGUUAUGCUAACUACUGACUGCAGGUUUCUACACUCUUAAAAAAGAUGGCUCUUCAAGGGUUCUUUCAGAAAGUACCCUUUGCAUGAUUAAAAGGUUCUUUGCAUGGUGAAAUGGUUCUUCCAGUAGUGAACAUAAUUUAUAUGGUUCUAUAUAUAAUCUUUUUAAAAAUGGUUCUGUAUGGCAACCUAAAAAAGUUCUCUUAUUGUGACAAGCUUGACAUCACAACAAUAGAGGAAUCGUUUUGGUGCUAUAUAGAACCAUUUUCAAACAGGUUCUAUAUAGAACCAUCCACAGCACAUUCUCCAUUUGAAGAACCAUUUCACCAGGCAAAAAAAAAACUACUGUUGCACAACUGACAUUGUCGCAAUAGCAGACCCUUUUUGGUGCUAUAUAGAACAAUAUACAACACAUUCUCCAUCAACCUGAAGAACGAUUUCACCACACAAAAACACAUUUAAGCAUUCGAAUGGUUCUGUACGGAACCAGUGUUUUUACUAAAGAACUCUCGAGGAACCAUCUUUUUCAUAGUGUAUGGUUCUAUAGAGAACUUUUUUGAAUAUGGUUCUGUAUAGCACCAAAAAGCAUUCUUCUAUUGUUAUGAUGUCAAGCUUGUAAAAAUAGAAGAACCCUUUCAGUGCUAUAUAGAAGCAUUUUCAAAAAAGUUCUCUAUAGAACCAUACACUCUUAAAAAGAUGGUUCUUAGAGAGUACUUUAGUAAAAACAUUGGAUUCUCCAUCAAUCUGGGUCAUGGUUCUAUAUAGAACCAUUUCUUUACUAAAGAACCCUUGGAUGUGUUGUUUUAUAGAGAACUUCUUUGAAAAUAUAUGCAUAUAGAUAAAUAUUAUAUAUAGAACCAAUUUCCUUAGUGAGAAACCUGUGAAGAAUCAUCUUUUUAAAGGUGUAUGGUUCAGUAGAGAACUUUUUUUGAAAAUGGUUCUAUGUAGCAUCAAAAAGGGUUUUUCCAUUGUUACAAGCUUGACAUCACAACAGCAGACAAAUUCUUUUUGGUGCCAUAUAGAACCAUUCUCCAUUAAUCUGAAGAACCAUUUCACCAUGCAAAGAACAUCACGUAAAUGUUUUUUGAGUGUUCAUGGUUCUAUACAGAACCAUUUUCUUUACUAAAGAACCCUUAAAGACCAUCUUUUUCAAGAGUAUAGUUAUUUUAGCCAUGGUAGCAUGUUUGGUCAAGCUUCUUCUUUGGAAAGUGCCAGUACGUUUUCAUAUUUGUUCUUUAAAGUGUGAUUUAGAGUCUGUUUUAGCAGAGCUGAAAAAAAUAAACAUAUCACGAUUUCCAUCUUAUUUUACCACCUGAAAAUCUAUACCACUGUAGCAGAACUUAUUCUGCUUACUCUUGUCACAUCUGUAGCAGGCUUAUAUUUUUGUACAUAUACAAGCUAUGACAUCAAUCAUGUAUUUAUUUAACCAAUAAUCAACAUGUGCCUUGACUUCAAUCUGCAAUAAAUUUCUCAUACUAUAUAAAUCUAUAAAGCGUUCUUUU